UCAGUUUUCGAGCGAGCGAGUGUGUGUGAUCAUUCAUCCGCUUCAGAAGGAGAGAGCUGGAGAAGAACUGCUGUUAGUCUGAAAGCUGGCGUUGAUAGACUAGACCAGGGGUUGAGUUUGUGAGUAUGUGUUCCCGUGUUUCCCGUGAUCCGCAUGUUUCCGGCUCUUCCUGUAUCAGGAUGCUGGGAUGUGGAGACGUUCCUGUGCGAAGCGUUCUGGCUCUGGUGUGUUUACAUGAGGAGAUUACAGGCGCUCGACGCGAGCUGUAUCUGCUGGAGAACCAGAUGCCGUGGGGGAAACUCCUGCACACGGGGAAAACACACACUCCCGCGGGGAGAACACACACUCCGACGGGACGCAGGGACUGCAGCCUCAGCGAGAUGAACGUUGAGUCCUGGACGGACCCCCGGGACCCGCAGCCGGACUCUCCCGAUCUCCUGAAGCCCGACAGCUUGUGCCUCGAGUCCUUCUGGACUGAAGUGGAGAACAUCCGGAGCAGCAGCGACCCCGAGCCGGACGGCAGCCGCAGGAGAGACUCCCGACAGUCUGAAGACGGCGAGCAGGACGAGCUCUGGCUGCUGGAUGCUGGUUUGUCUCCACUGGUAACGGGUGAAGAGGAGGACGAGGAUAAAGCGGUGCUGUUGUCGACUCUCACUAAGACUCAAGCAGCCGCGGUUCAGAAGCGCAUCGACUCGUACACACUCUCACUGCGCAAGAGGAACAAAACGCCACCGAGACACGUCCGAGACGUCUUCACACACGCUAUCGCUCAGUCAGCAGUUCCUGAGACACGCAACAGCGAAUCAGACUCGCACAGAAACAUGGACAGUGUGACAAAGACACAACGAUCAGCUGUCAGUGGGCAGGAGACUCAAGGGCUACAGACGGAGGAGAUCUUUAUCACAGACGUGGCGUAUUGUGAACAAGCGGCCAUCUUACUGAAACAAGCCAAACUACCACAGAACAACAGCAGCCCGAGCAGGAGAGAUGACGGGACACUGCCGAGGGUCAUCUGUCCGCAGUGCCGGUUAGGAGUGACCCGGGUCGUGGAUCUCUCCCAUCAGGACCUGAAGAAGGUCCGCCAGUUGGCGCUGAUUGACAUGACGGCGCUGUGUGACCUUCUGGAGCUCGAGGUCAAACGACACAAAACCUGCAAAAGGAAAAUCCCUGAGAGCUGUUUGUUUGGCGUUCCUCUCGCCUCAUUGGUGGAGAGCGAUCAGAAGAUCAAACCCAGCACUCAGAUCCCACUCUUCCUCCAAGCACUCCUGUCGUUCCUGGAGAAGAAGGGUCUGGAUUCGGAGGGGAUUCUGCGGGUCCCCGGCUCUCAGGCCAGAAUAAAAGUUCUGCAGCAGAAGUUGGAGAGCUCGUUUUACAGCGGCUCGUUCGUCUGGGACGAGGUGAGCCCGAACGACGCCGCGGCGCUGAUGAAGAAGCUGAUCCGGGAACUGCCGGCGCCGUUGCUGACGGCCGAACACCUCAACGCCUUCAGUGCCGUCAAAGAUAUAGCGGACCUGAAGCAGAAGCUGCACAUGCUCAAUCUCCUCGUGUUGCUGCUGCCAGAACCCAACAGAAACACACUGAAGGCGCUACUGGAGUUCCUCAGUAAGGUCGUGACCUGUGAGCGGCAGAACCGCAUGAACCUGUGGGCCGUCUCCACCAUCAUGGCUCCCAAUCUCUUCCUGCAUAAAGCGGUUCCCAGUAAGCUGUCGUCGGGUCCGGAGAAGGGUCAGGCGGAGCGGGCGGCCCACAUCAUGCGGCUCCUCAUCCGGUACCAGGACCUGCUGUGGACGGUUCCCAACUUCCUGUUGAGUCAAGUGAGGAAACUGAACGAGAACAGCAGCCGCCGGUACCAGUUCUACGACAAGCGCAUCAAGAACCUCCUCCGCAAGAUCCACACCGACAGCAGAGACAAGCCCGGCAAGCCCUCCGGAGAGCAGUGUCGUACUGUAAAGAUCCAGCUGGGUGACGUGAGUUCCUCGAUGGAGUUUCGUCUGGCCAUGAACUCUCGCGCCUCAGACCUGAUGUCACAGUUUUAUAGAGAGCUGCACGCCUCCGAUAACAGCAGGGGUCUCCUGAAACGGAAUGGCUCCGCGUCUCUCCCAGACUGGGCCGUCUAUGAAGUCGGAGGAAAUAUCGGUGAACAUUGUUUGGAUCCAGAGACUCAUUUGUUUGACUUGCACAACAACAACCCGAGCGGUGAGUGGAUCAUCAAACUGAGAUCGGCCAGCAGAGGGCAGUAGACACACACACACACACUCCUCUAGAAGAGCGGAGACCUUUGACCUCUCGAGCGCUGGUGUUUCUUCAGGCGUGAGACAAGGUCUGAACACUGACUUCUCUGAAGCUGGACUUCUACACUCGUGUUGUUAUGGUGUAAAGCUGAGAUUUGAUGGUUCUGAUUAUUAUUUAUUAAGUGCCAGUGUUUGCUGAUGUGAUGGAUGUGCAGAUCUGAUGCCUUGCAGUAUUAAACAUUAAAACAUGAAUGUUCCUCAUUGUGUCACAGCAGCUCUUCUGAGCUCGUUUUACACUUUUAUGAUAUGAAUUAUUACCUUCAGUACUACAUUUAAAUAUGUUAUUGUACUAUAUUGAAGCACUUUCUAGACUCAGCUCUUUAUCGCUCUGUUUCCUUUGACUAUAUCCUGAUGUUUACAUGGAAGCUUGUUUCCGCCACGGAGUAAAACAAUAAAAAAGGUAUUUGCAAUUUUUUAUCUGACUUUAUUUCUUACAAUUUGGAGUUUAUAUCUUGGAAUUUAGAAACUUACAGUUGCAAAAAAAAAAUUGAAUUUUGGUUUAUUAACUCGAAAAUUGUGAAAAGUCAAAAUUGCAGUUUAUAAAUUCCGAAUUGCGAGAAAAAGUCAGACUUGUGAUUUCUAAACUCAAAAUUGCGAGAAAAGCUCAAAAUUGCGAUUUAUAAACUGAAUUGUGAGGAAAAAGUCCAAAUUAUGGUUUAUAAACAGAAUUGCGAGAAAAAAGUCAAAAUUGUCGUUUAUAAAC